AAAACUUCCAUACUUGAAGAGUCACAAAGUAAGGAAGAUGUUUGAAAGUGGGAUUUUCCUCGUCAGAUACAAUAAGCACAUGUCCUUUUUCGGAUCUUUGAGAGGUUUGUCUUGGUCAGGGAAGAAUGUCCAGAAGCAGUAGCAGUGAGAGUAAGAGUUGUAACAGAGGCCAUUGGAGACCAGCUGAAGAUGAGAGGCUGAAACAGCUUGUGGAGCAGUAUGGUCCCCAGAACUGGAAUUUCGUUGCAGAACAUCUUGAUGGGAGAUCAGGGAAAAGUUGCAGACUGAGGUGGUACAACCAACUAGACCCAAACAUAGUGAAAAGACCAUUCACAGAGGAGGAGGAAGAAAUACUGCUAGCUCUUCACAAGGUAAAGGGAAAUAAAUGGGCUGCAAUUUCAAGGUUCUUACCUGGAAGAACUGAUAAUGCUGUCAAGAAUCACUUCCAUGUCCUUAUGGCAAGGAGAAAGAGAGAACGUUACGCACUCCUUGGUGACAGAAGCAGCAGCCACACUGUUAUUAAUCAUAAUCAUAUUCCCAUGCUUGACUCAACCACACGUAGGCCUGCCUCAGGGAUUAAUAACUUUACCUUCCAAAACAACAGAAACAUGGGCAUCUUCGAUAUGUCUUCCUCAUGUUCAUUGCUACUGAAUCCUUGGAAUACUCAAAGCGGUACUUCGACCAUUACAUCAGAGUUAGUGAACUUUGAACCUUCAGGUUCUGCUAAGCCUCACAAUGAUCAUUCUAGUGCUUCAAGUCCUGCUUCUUGCUCGCUUAGCAGUUAUAUUAGUUUUACUGCACCAGGAAUUCCUAGUAUUGGUAAGGUCGUUCCUCUUCCUCAUAGGUUCUCAAAAUCCUAUAAUAAUGCUCAAAGAACUGACGAUUUUUCCAUCAAAGGCAUGGCAGACAAGAUAACUCUGGAAGAACAAGUCGAAAAGCUUAAGGGAGUUUCCUUUAUAGACUUUCUCGGUGUGGGAAGUUGUUCUGCCAGCGACAGUUGACCAUGAUGAUGAUAAGCUUCCAUAUACAUAGUUAUUUGCUAAAUCUGUUUCAAGAGGGAACUGCAAUAUAGCAUAUGAGAGUCUAGCUUCUGAUUUAUAUGGUCACUUUUCUGUUGUCUUUUCUAGGCGUACUU